CAGUUAAACCACAAAUUAAUCUCCUAGCCUUCUUGCGCUCAAUUAAACUAAUACACUGUAUUUGCUUCCACUAAUUUUUCAACUAAUUCCGUUAGUUAUGGCGCCGACUAUAGCAGUGCCUUCCACCCAAACAACACCGCAUCACCGCCGCGAGACCUCCGCCGUGCCGGAGAGCGAGGUGCUCAGAAGAAGAAAUGAAGAGUUGGAGAAGGAAUUGAAGAAGAGUUUUGAGAGAGAAGAGAAAAUGAGAGAGGAGUUGCAGAAAACAUGGAAGCGGCUGAGGGUGGCGGAGGAGCGGCUCUGUUCUCAGCUCGGAGAAUUCGAAGCCGAGGCUGUUGAUCAGGCUCGGGCUUACAGGACACGUGUUAUGAAUCUAAUGGAUCAACUCUCUUUGGCUCAGAAACUUCUCCAGUCGGCUUCCGUUGUUGUCCCCACUUCCCAAUGAUUAUAGGGGAAGCUGGGUUCCACAUUUUUUUUUUUUAAAUAAGCCGAUUAGUCUAGAGAGGACAAUAAUUUGUAUAGUUUGAAUUUUGUUGAUACAAUUCGGUAUUUUUAUAUAAUUAAUUAAUACAAAGUCUUUAAAUUAUA